AUGUCUGAUAAACCAGCUGGGGACAAUUUGAGUGUCCCUGGUUCCAAGAAGCCAAAGAACUUGCAUAUUGCUCAUAGACGUUCUCCAAGUGAGUUGACCACUCUUAUGGUGGAACAGUACAACCUACAACGCCAAUUGGAGGCCGUUCAAGCUCAACAAAAACAGAUCUUACAGCAGCAGCAGCAGCAGCAGCAGCAGCAGCAGCAUCAACAGUAUACCUAUCCACCUGGCCGCUCCAAUAAUGAUUCGAUGCCAUCGCAAAAUAACUAUCGCGGUCAUGGUGGUCACUCGAGAUCAUCUUCGAUAAAUUCGGCCGCGGGGGGACACAGAAGAACUGCUUCUGGAUCCACUUCUGCUGUUCAAGGUCAUAGCAGAAGACAUUCCCUUGGUUUGAAUGAAGCUAUUAAGGCGGCUGCAAGUCAAAGACAAAAUAACCGUAUUUCCUUGACUCCUUCUAGUUCAGGUUCCACACCUCCAUCUUCUGCUGCUGCUGCCGGUACUGGUGGAGAUUCAGAAAAUAUCGGCUCAUUUAAAUUCCCAGCUUCUGCUUCUUCUUCUGAUGGUGACAAUGAUUCGAUCUCACCUCCCUUUUCCGCAUCUUCAUCUGCAAAUACCAGCAGAGACAGUAGUCACGGAAGAUCAAGAUCUUUGGCUUAUGGCCAACAAUCGUUUAAAUUUCCUCCAGAUAAUCACUCAAAUCAACAAUCUCCUCCUCCUGCUCCUGCUCCUGCCCCAGCACCAGCUGCUUCCAAUAAUAAUUCUUUAUUACCUCCAACUCCUAACUUUUCAAUUAGUCCUUCCCCUGAUAAAGGUCAUCAAAAACGUUUAUCCCAUUAUAGAUCGGGAUCGAGAAAUUUUGAUUCAAAUGGUGGUAAUAUGAAUUCAAAUUGGAGAAGUCAACAACAACCUCAACCUCCACUGAAUCAGCAACUUGCUCCUAAUUCUUACGGUUCCCAUCAAAGAAACCUUUCAAGUCUUGAACCACCAUCAGCCGGUUUCGUUCCUGGUCAUAAACCAAGAAAUAGUUCUUAUGGUGGUGGUUCUUCCAUUUCUUCAUUGGCUCAAUUCUUACCCAAUUCUGGUGGUGCCGGGGGUGCUGGGGGUGCCAAUGGUCAAAAUAAUGGUCGUAAAUCUCUUUUCGCUCCUUAUUUACCUCAAUCAUCCUUACCAGAAUUGAUCAAUGAUGGUCGUUUAGUCACUGGUACUUUACGUGUCAAUAAAAAGAAUAGAUCUGAUGCUUAUGUUUCAACCGACGGUUUAUUGGAUGCUGAUAUUUUCAUUUGUGGUUCCAAAGAUCGUAAUCGUGCUUUAGAAGGUGAUUUGGUUGCCGUUGAAUUGUUGGUUGUCGAUGAAGUUUGGGAAUCUAAAAAGGAAAAAGAAGAAAAGAAGAGAAGAAAAGACAACACUCUUACCAAGGGCCCUUCUACAUCAGUCUUGAAUGAUGAUAUUCAUAAUGAUGCCACUUCCAUCUCAGCAAAUGCUCCUUCCUCAGCCUCAAACUCGGCUGGUGGUUCUCCAACCAAUAAAGAAGAAAAAUCUGAAAAUGAAGAGAAAGGCUUAGGUAGAAGAGGUUCAUUGAAACAAAGACCAACAAUGAAAAAGAAUGAUGACGUUGAAGUUGAAGGUCAAUCAUUACUUUUAGUUGAAGAAGAGGAAAUAAAUGAUGAAGUUAAACCUUUAUAUGCUGGCCAUGUUGUUGCAGUUGUUGAUCGUAUUCCAGGUCAAAUCUUUUCUGGUACUUUGGGUCUUUUAAGACCCGCUCAAGCUGCUCAAGCUGCUAAAGAUAAGAAAAGUGGUAAAGAAUCUUCUGUCCAUACACCAAAAGCUCCGAAAAUUGUAUGGUUUAAACCAACUGAUAAAAAAGUCCCUUUGAUUGCCAUCCCAACUGAACAAGCUCCAAAAGAUUUUGUUGAAAAUCAUGAAAAAUAUAGUGAUCAAUUAUUUGUUGCUUCCAUCAAAAGAUGGCCCAUCACAUCUUUACAUCCUUUUGGUACCUUGGUUAGUAAAUUAGGUAAGAUUGAAGACUCAUCAACUGAAAUUGAUUCAAUUUUAAGAGACAAUAACUUUUUGUGUGAUGAAUAUCCUGUUGAUGAUGAUGCUGAUAAUGAAGUUAUUGCUUCUUAUGUUAGAGAUUUACCAUUGAUUGAACCGGAAUUACAAAAUCCUGAUAGAGUUGAAUACUCAUAUGAUUAUAUUAUUGCCUUCACUCAAAACAACUUGUUCUCUGACCAUGCUUUACAUAUCAAAAGAUUAUCUGAACUGAAAAUUGAAUUGGGUUUCCAUUCGGCAGAUGUUUCUUACUUUAUCCCACCUGGCUGCGUCUUGGAUCGUAAAUCUAAGAAGAGAUCAUCUUCAGUUUUCUUACCUCAAAAAGUUGCACAAUUAUUCCCUGAACAAGUUAAUGAGCUUAUCUCUUUUAAAGAAAACCAAAGAAAUUUGGCUGUGUCUGUGAUUUUUGAAAUUGAUACCGAAAACUUUGAAGUUGAGGAUCUUUACAUCCAUGAAACUAUCAUUGUUCCUAAACAAUUGGUUAGUUAUGACACUUUUGAUGCUAUAUUGGAAAAUAAAUCGCUUCCAAAUACCAAUAUAUCAUCAGCUGCUUCUGAUUAUAUCAAAACUUUCAGUUUGAUUGCAAAAGAAUUCCGUCGUCAACGUUUGGAUAACCAUAGUUUGGGAAUUACCCCAAACUUGACUUUGUUGGACCAAUUAGAUGAUGAAAAAGUAAGAUUAGAUUUGAACAUUUUCAAACAAAGUUUAGCAUUCAGUAUCAUUUCUGAAAUUAGUCAUAAAGUCAAUAAUGCGAUUGCCGCUAAAGUUCACGCUGGAUUGGGUGAUCAAGCCUUAUUACGUCGUCAUGCAUUGCCUACCUUACAAAAAAUGGAAACUUUUGUGAGAAAAGCUACUAACUUGGGUUUCAAAAUUGAUACCACUACUUCAUCAACAUUGCAAAACUCUAUAUUAAAGAUUGAAGAUCCAAUUAAAAGACAAUGUAUUGAAACUUUGUUAUAUAAAUGUAUGUCGAGAGGACGUUACUACAUUGCUGGUAAGCAAGAUCCAGAUAGUUAUGGUCAUUAUUACUUUAACACACCAUUAUACACACAUUUCAAUGCCCCAUUGAGAAGAUAUUCUGAUUUGAUUGUUCAUAGACAAUUAAAACAAGUUAUCAAUAAGGGUAAGCAAGGUAGUUUGGAUGACAAAGAAGCUGAUUUGGAUGCUUUAAAGGCAACUGCUGAAUAUUGUAAUUUUAAGAAAGAUUGCGCUGCAAAUGCUCAGGAACAAGCCAUUCAUUUAUUAUUAUCCCAAACAAUUAAUGAAAUUAGUGAAAGCGCCGGUCAAUUAUUGUGUAUUGGUACUGUUGUUCAGGUUUACGAAUCAUCUUUUGAUGUUUUCAUUCCCGAAUUUGGUGUUGAAAAGAGAGUUCAUGGGGAUCAAUUACCUCUAGUUAAAGCUGAAUUUGAUAAGACUGAACGUGUUUUAGAAUUAUAUUGGGACAAAGGAGUUGACUCAGCUACAUACGUUCCUCCAGAUGAAAAGACUUCUUUAAGUUACAGAUCUUCUAUCAAGAACAAAUACAGAACUUCUGCCGUACAAGCUGCUAAGAUUCAAAAUAAGGCAAGAUUGGAAAAGAAGAGUGUUGCAACUGAGUCAAUUAUUAACAAAUUGGCUAAAUUGAAUUUGCAACCUCCAAAUUUGGCUGUUCCUUCUAUUCAAAAAGAUAAUGAAUUGAAAGACUCGAACAAUACUAGAUCUAUGCCUUCUUCUCCAACCCAAGGUUCUUUCCCUAAAAACAUCAGAACUAAUUCAUCCUCGGUUAUUAAGAGUGAUGCUGGUACCACUGCUGGUGAUAUCGAAGGUGGAUUGAAACCAUACUUGCAAGACGUUAUUACUAGGGUUGAACAUAAUUCUUACAUUCAAGAAAUCCGCGAAUUGAAACAAGUUCCUGUUUUAAUCAGAGCAGAAAUUGGUAUGGCCUUACCAUGCUUGACUGUUCGUGUCUUGAACCCAUUUGCAUUGGAUACCUAA